AUGCCCCUGAAAUGCCUGAAGGUGCUCCUUGGAUUGUGAUUAGACUGUGAAAAAGUCUCACACAUGCAAAGAUGUAGUCAAAGGGUAAGCUGGGUCCAGGGGCAGACUGACAACUCAUGGGGCCCCCAGGCAAUAGGGGAUCAUGGGGCCCCUGUGUCCUUGCUCAAACUCAAAAAAGCCUAUGAAAAAGGUACCAGGGGCAUCUCAUGGGGCCCCCUACUGAUCCCAGGCCCUCGGGCAGUGCCUGAGUUUCCAAAUGGUCAGUCUUCCCCUGGC